CAAUUGACAUACCCAACUCAACUGGAAUUGCAUAUGUGCUACUGUGGCCUUAGUUUGAGACCAGAUCAGUUCAUUGCAACGUUAUCGAGACCAUUUUAAACAUUAACUAGUUGCAAAAACUGCCAUUUAGUUGGCGUAGAAUAAUUGAAAAUAUUGUGAUUUCUUAAUCAUGCAUUCGUCGGCUAACUUCCCGGUUGCGAUGGACACCUCAGCUCUUGUUCCGUCUCUCAACAAGGGACCCCCCUCUCGUAAUAUGAUGUCACUCUACAAUACCAGUGGAGGGGGUGGGGGCAGUAGGAAGGAUGUGGUGAGGAGUGGGGGUGUGGCACCUGCAAGGACUUCUAGUUUGUUGUCGCCCAUUAUGGCCUUGAGCGGACACGAAGGAGAGAUACUCACAACAAAGUUCCAUCCGGGAGGCCAGUACCUGUGCAGUGGCUCAUUCGACCGUCUUAUCUAUUUGUGGAAUGUGUACGGAGAGUGUAGUAACUUUGCAGUGCUCAAGGGACACACUGGUCCAGUGGUGCAGUUGACCUUCAGCACAGAUGGACUGAAUAUGUUCACUGCCUCAACUGACAAGACAGGGGCUGUGUGGGACAUUGAGACGGGAGAAAGGGUCAAAAGAUUGAAAGGACACAGUUCAUUUGUGAAUUCCGUGGACAGUAGUAGGAAGGGGGACCAGUUGGUGUGUACAGGGAGUGACGAUGGAACCAUCAGAGUGUUCGAUUUGAGGAGAAAAGACCCAGUGAAGAACUUCAACAACACCUACCAGGUCACGAGUGUGUGUCUGAGUGAAGGAGUUGACCAGGUGUUCUCUGGUGGAAUUGAGAAUGAGAUCAAAGUGUGGGACCUCAGAAGAGACCAGUGUGUCAACUCACUCAAAGGCCACACAGACACAGUGACCAGUCUCUCUCUUAGUCCAGAUGGAUGUUAUCUCCUGUCUAACUCCAUGGACAACACACUCAGAAUAUUCGACGUGAGGCCAUUUGCACCCAUUGAGAGGUGUGUCAAAGUGCUUCUGGGGGCACAACACAACUUCGAAAAGAACCUCAUUAAGGCCCACUGGCACAAAAGUGGAACUCGAGUAGCCUGUGGAUCAGCUGACAAGUUCGUGUAUGUGUGGGACACUAUAACUAGACGCAUCAUGUACAAACUACCAGGACACAAUGGAUCCGUCAACGAGGUCGACUUUCACCCAACAGAACCAAUCAUAGCAUCUGGAUCCAGUGACAAAGUUAUCUACCUCGGAGAACUCAACCUAUGACGGAUUUCGGCAUCAUUUUGUCUCAAAGCUCAAUGAACUUUCUGUUUUUGUCUUGGAAAUGAUUUAUUCUUAUGACAGAAGUUAGCUGCCAAUAAAUGGUGUCAAUUGCGAAGCUAAGAUACUUAGUUAAUAACUAGUAUCAGAAAAAAAUUUACGCUUCCAAAAUUGAAUUUGGAUCCUGACUCGAAGAACUUGUCUGAAGAGGCAAUUAUGGUUGACGAUUUGCAAUAUUGAUGGAAGACAACUUCAACAACCUUUAUGGUUCAUUUGUUAAAUUGAAAAUUUAUUUCAUUAUUUGUCCUGUUUGAUUUAAAAAUAGUGUUUUGUCUUUUGAAUUGAAUAUAUUAUAAAUUGAGAA